AUGGUCUUCGGCUCAAACAAGACCCACGCUCAUACCGCUCCCGUCGCUGGUACUGCCGGUGCGCCCGUCGCUGGUGUCGGCGCAGGACCCACGACCCACACGCACGGUACCACCCACACCACUCCCGCUGGAGGAGGCGGGCUGGCGUCUCAUAUCCCCGGUACGCGCGCGCACGAGGAGAAGAAGUUGAUGCAGCACGGGGGUGUCGCUGGAGCUGGAGCUGGCGCCGGGAUGGGUACGACGGGAGUGGGAGCUGGAGGAGUAGGAGCGACGGGAGCGGGUGGGACGGGCACGGGAGGUGGGUUGGCUAGUAAGAUCCCGGGCACCAAGGCGCACGCUGUUACCCACUCGCACGAAGCGACACACGCCUCCGCCCUCUCCUCCUCCCACCCCACGACCACCUCCUCCCACGCUCCAGGGCACCACACGCACACAACCGGCCAACACGGGAACUUGCGUCCUGGAGAGCCGGGGACGAAGACGGUGACUACUACCACGACGACGGUGGUACCGCAGCCUAGUGUGGGGGACAAGGUGUCGGGCAAGGUCGAUGUCGCUCUCGGCAAGGUUCGUCCUCUCUCUGGCACUCCCUUUGAAGCGGUACUGACCAAGGAGCGAGCACAGUUGACGCACAACCCGGGCAAAGUCGCGGUGGGCGAGAUCAAGCAGACGGAGGGGAAGAGGGGUUUGGAGGCCGCUGGGUUGGCCUACCCGACUGGGAGGGCUGUCUAG